AUGUUUAGCUCUGUGCUGCUCUACUGUUGGUCCUUCAGUCUGCUGCGUCUCUCUUCCUCUCUGGUUCAUGGAAACAUCCAGCUGGAUGAUGGUCCGGGCGCCGGCCGACGCGCUGAAGCCUCAUAUCUGUCAGAUAUUGAGAGAAGCCACGCCCCUGACCCUGUGCAUGACCCCGCCCUCCUACCUGUGGACUCAGUAGAGGAUCAUUUCCUGGUGGACGCAGAGCCCUACGAUGAGGACUCAUCAGCAGCCUUGCAGCUGCAGGGUCGGGCCAUGCGUUCACCUCGUCGCUGCAUCCCCCACCAGCAGUCAUGUCUGGGUUACCCGCUGCCCUGCUGUGACCCCUGUGACACCUGCUACUGCCGUUUCUUCAAUGCUAUCUGCUACUGCCGCCGAGUCGGCCACACCUGUCCACCCAGACGCACCUGAUGACAUGCCUGAUGACACACCUGAUGACAAUGCGUCGUGAGGAGAAGUGCAUACGAAACAUCGAUGCUGCUGAUA